CUCGGACAUCCACAUGGGACCGGCUGGCAGCUGCAUAGCGAUGCGCGAGGACCAAAUAGCUUCCAGAGUGUACGCAGCUUAAUGUUAGCGGAGUUGUUUACCUUCUGUGCGCAUGCGCUUGGAAUACGUGUACGUCAUAAGAUGGGAAAGAGCAAAGCAUUUCGUAUGACGUCAAAAAUUCGAAUCUGCAAGAUUAAUUUAGCAGCAAGAAGUCUCGAUAGGACAGCAACUGCAACGAAUCCCGUUUAUCUGAGUUUAUUUACUGAUUAUUUGGUGAAAGUAAGUACCAAAUCUUUAAAAUAUGAUUUCCCAAAGAAGGCAACAAGGUCUGUAAAAUUUUGUUGCACAAUAUAUGUUUUAUAUUUGUAUUUUAAAAAAAAUCUUCCCAUAUUUGUCUUUCACAGCUAUGCUGAGAAGAAGCAGUCGGUUACAGUCUAAUGGCUAUUAUAAUAGCACCGGCGAACCAGUCAUCUCCUAUAAGGAGAGACUGUAUCGGUAAGUGUUUGUAUGCAUAUUUUUUUGCUGUCAAACGUGUGUAUACACCCAUGUCAUGUAUGCUUUCACUAAACAGUCAGCAGUUCUCAAGCAGACUUUUGUUCUCAUUUGGUUUUAUUUCAUUCAGAGUUUUCAAAAGGCAUCGAUUUCAUUUCCGAAACGGCGAAGAAUGUCACUUUGAACAUGACUUGGAGCAUAACAUUUGCACAAGUGACGUGGAGCCUGGAUGUGGCUCAACAAAAAGAAAAACAUUUCUCCUCAUCUUUCUGCUCUUCUCUUUUGGUCUACUCUUCAGUCUGUCAGUUUUCACUGGCAUCCCCUCUGUCAUCAUGACAAAGAUAUUCACUACAAGCUCCAAACAGGUUUGGAAACAACUCGAGGAGCUUCAAAGUGAACUGGCCAGUCUGAAAGAGAAGAUCGACUUUCUAGUUCCGGUGGCAGACAGGAUGCCAAAUUUUGCCCUGGAGUCACUCGGAGCUAGAAUAAUUUACGAUAAGACGUCAGAAAGCUAUCCCCCUGAUAAACCGGUGCUACGAAUCUUUGGUUUCACGUUGAUUGGUCCCAACCAGCAACCAUGCAUGAGCCCAAGAAUUCUUCUUGAGGGUCGGGCACCAAUGCUUCCGGGUCAGUGCUGGGCGUUUGGUGGUAGCCAGGGACAGGUUUCAAUUGAACUGGCCCAAUACAUCACCAUCAGCCACGUGUCACUGGGGCACAUACCACAGAUGAUAUCUCCUUAUCUGACCGUGUCAAGUGCGCCCAGGAAGUUUUCAGUAUUUGGAAACCAACAUGCUGAGGAUCCAGUCAUUUAUCUGGGUACCUUUCAAUAUGACCCAAAGGGAGGGCCGCUUCAAACAUUUAAGAUAGCUGAAUCUAACAUCAGUGUGGUGAAGUACGUGACACUACGGAUUCAUGACAACUGGGGCAACUCCCAGUACUCGUGUAUCUACAGUUUUAGAGUUCAUGGCAAACUACCAUGCACACUCAGAAAUUAAAGUACAGAAAUGUACCUAUAGGGGUA